CAUUAUAUAAUAUUUGAACAAAUUAAUAAUGCAAUAACAUCAACAAAUGAAAGAACCGAUGAAUUAGAAAAUUUAUUAAGAAAAAGUAGGAAAGAAAAAGCAAAAUUGGAAAAUAAAGUAGCUGCGUUAAAGAUUGAUUUAGAUAUUAAAGAAGAAGAAUUAAAUCAAGAAACUAGUCGAGUUGAUAAAUUUGAAAAGUUAUUAGAAAAUGAACAAAAUGAAGGAAAAAUCUUGAGAUCAAUGUUACAAGAAA